AUGACAGGAAUGUUUCAACUCAUCUUAGCCUUGUUCUGCUGGCUUCCAGUGCUCAAUGCACAGUAUGGUGGAGACCAAAGCACCAGUACUACAACCACGGCCCCAUCUUCAACUUCGGAUACAUCUUCUUCAACUUCAGCAUCAAGCUCGUCAGCAGUUCAUUCCGUUGAUGUGGGCGAAGAUGGUUUUACUUUUGACCCAGAUACUCUCACUGUAUCUGCAGGGGAUAAAGUUGAAUUCCACUUUUAUCCGGGAAACCAUUCGGUCGCUCAGUCGUCCUUUGCUAAACCAUGUCAGCCCCUAAGCGACACAAGUAUCUUCAGUGGGUUUGUGGCACCUACUAGUGGUGAAUCUGACAUGGUUUUUACUCUUACCGUUAACGAUACUGAUCCUAUCUGGCUAUACUGUGCUCAGAUUGGUCACUGUCAAGCUGGUAUGGUUGCCGUCAUUAAUCCACCGUAA